AUGGGACUCCUCAAACGACUCGAAGUUCCCGCCGCCGAAGGUGCUGAGCGCGCCCUCGACAAUGAAGACCUGCGCUCGACGCCCAUCGAGCGGCGGACUUGGGGCAAGCUCUUCUUCGGGCUCUUCUGGUUCAGUGCGGUGACUAACGUGUCGAACUGGCUCGGUGGAUCAUCGUGGCUCGCGCUUGGGAUCACGUUCUUCGAGGGGCUCGGCUGCACGACGGCGGGUUUCUUCAUUGUCUCCUUCUGGAUGGUCGGAUGCGGCAGGCCCGGCGCAAAAUAUGGCAUUCCCUACCCCGUCAUUUGUCGGUCGUCGUUUGGCGUCCUGGGGGCGGGCUGGCCGGCUUUCAACCGCGCAGUGAUGGCCACCGUUUGGCAGGCCAUUAACUCCGCUAGCGCAGCUCAGGCCCUUUACAUCUGCCUCUACGCCAUCUUCCCGACAAUGCGGAACAUUCCGAACCAUAUGGGUACCGGUUCAGCUCUCACAUCCGCCGAGAUGCUCUGCUUCUUCCUCUACCUCCUCCUCAACGCCGCCAUGCUCCUCCUCGACGUUCCGAAGUGGGCCGCCCUGGUCUACUCGAAGGUCGCCGUCUUCUGCAUUUCGAGUGCCGGCAUGCUCGCACUCGCCAUCACCAAAGCCGGCGGAAGCGUCGGUCCCGUCGUCUCGCAGCCGAGUACAGUUCACGGGCCGGCGAAGAGUUGGCUCCUCCUCCAGAUGAUUCUCACGAGCACCGCAAGUUGCUCGACCUUCGCCUCGAACGCCGCCGACUGGCAGCGAAAUGCGAAACGUCCCAACGACCCAAUCCUCGGCCAGAUUCUCGGCUUCCCCAUCUCGAACUUCAUCGUACAGGUUAUCGGCAUGCUCGUUGCGUCGACGUCGGCAACCGUCUACGGUGAGGUUGUCUGGAACCCCGUCACGUACCUCAAGAUGCUGCUCGAAGACAACUACGACGCCAAGCACCGAGCCGGGGCGUUCUUCAUCGCCGCAGGCUUUGUCUACUCGCUCCUCUUCUCCUGUGUCUUCGAGAACAUCUAUUGCUGCGGCAACGACCUCGCCUCGCUCUGCCCCAAGUACAUCUCCGUCAAGCGAGGCUUCUGGAUCUGCCUCCUUGGAUGCGCGGCCUUCUGCCCGUGGUACCUACUCGGCACCGCCAGUCGCUUCAUCACCGUCUUGGCGAGCUACCAGAUCUUCCUCUUCUCGAUCUGCGGCUUGAUCAUGAGCGACUACUUCCUCGUCUCGAAGGGUCUCUUCAAUUACCGCGACCUCUACACUUUGAGCAAGAAGGGCACCUACUACUACUCUUACGGCUUCAACUGGCGCGCUUUCGCGGCAUACGGCGUUGGUGUUGCGAUCAACUUUGCCGGCUUCCUGAACAAUCUCAGCAUCAUCCACAACCACCGCCUCGCCCGCUCUUACUGGUUCAGCAUCCUCACGACGACGUCCGCGGCCGGUGCUGUGUACUACAUCCUCGUUCGCCUCUUCCCGCAACCCAACUACAACGCCAAGUGGAGCGAGCCGAAAGGCGUGUGGGUUCCGCCGGAGGCAGAUGGCUCAGCACUCACGGACAGUGCGAUGGAUGAGGUGGAGUCGACGGAGAAGAAGGACGAGAUUGCCGCAGGCGUUGUGCCGGUGCUCGAGCACGCGUAG